AUGUCCUGUAAGGAAACUUUAUGGCCUGAAAUAUCAGAGCUCACUGGGACAGUAUCCUUCCUAGCGUCUUUUGUUUCUUUGAUGCCUCAAAUUAUUGAAACAUAUAGAGAUAAAACAGUGGAAGGUCUAUCGCCAUAUUUUUUAUUAGCAUGGUUAUUAGGUGAUAUAACAUCGAUAAUUGGAGCUACAUUGACUAAUCAAUUAACGUUUCAGAUUCUUUUGGCAAUCUAUUUCUUAGCUAAUGAUCUAGUGGUGUGUUUACAGUACUAUUACUAUGGUGUGCUUCAUGAAAAUAAGUUGGCUACAGUUAGUCAUGAAUCUAAACCUAUAUUAGCUUCAUCAGAUAUAUUGCAAGAUGGAGAUUCUGAAAAUAUUGAUACUGACAGCCUUUUUCAGAGAAUAAGAACAAAUGGCAGUGAGAGAUCUAGAAUAAUGGCAGCUAGUGCGUUAUUACUUUCAACACAAGUCAGUGCAGCUGAAGCAUUCCCAUUCUUUAGUCAAGAUUCAAAUACUAGCAUUGCACCAAUCCCAAUACCUGGUAAAGGUCCACAUGAUCAUGAAAUUGGUGUUUUGAUGUCAUGGUUGGGUGCCUUUUUUUACGUUGGUGCAAGAUUGCCACAGUUGAUUAAAAAUUAUAGAAGAAAAUCUACAGAUGGUAUUUCACCAACUUUAUUUGCCAUGACACUACUGAGUAAUAUAACAUACAAUAUAAGCAUCUUCACGAGUUGUAAUUUUUUUGAUUCAGACGAUAAACAUGAAUUCAUCAUGAAUGCAAUGCCAUUCAUAUUCGGUAGUGCAGGUACAGUUGCAUUUGAUAUGAUUUAUUUCUAUCAGCAUUAUGUUUUAUACUCAAGUGAUAUGAAACUAAGAGAGCUUGAACGAGAAUUGUUCAAUGAAGAUUUAAUUCAAGGGGAAUCAGAAACAAGCCCAUUGUUACAACAAGAUCAACAGCAAUAA